UGGCGUCUGAAGAGCUACACUACUCGCCGGUGUUGCAGUGACAUGACUUUUGCAGAAGUCAAAAUCGUAAGAGUGUCCAGGAUGGUUCUGGGAGAACUCUGCUGUAUGCUGGUGCUCAGCUGUCUACUCCAGGCCUCUUCUGCUCAUACUGACUUCUUCACCUCCAUCGGUCAGAUGACCGACCUGCUGUACACAGAGAAGGACCUGGUCACGUCUCUGAAGGACUACAUCCGCGCAGAGGAGAGCAAGCUGGAGCAGGUGAAACAGUGGGCGGAGCAGCUGGACACGAUGACAGCCACUGCCACGGAGGACCCCGAGGGCUUCCUCGGUCACCCGGUCAACGCCUUUAAGCUGAUGAAGAGGCUGAACACGGAGUGGGGCACCCUGGAGAGCCUGGUGCUCAAGGACACGGCCAACGGCUUCAUCUCCAACCUGACCUCCCAGAGGCAGCACUUUCCCAACGAUGAGGACCAGGUCGGAGCAGCCAAAGCCCUCCUGAGGCUGCAGGACACCUACCGGCUGGACUCCAACACCAUCUCCACCGGGAACCUGCCUGGUGUCAGGUACAAAAGCGCCAUGACGGUGGAGGACUGCUUUGAGUUGGGAAAAAUUGCCUACACGGAGGUGGACUAUUACCACACGGAGCUGUGGAUGGCCCAGGCCCUGAAGCAGCUGGAUGAGGGCGAGGAGUCCCCCAUCGACAAGGUCACUGUGCUGGAUUACCUCAGCUACGCCAUCUACCAGCAGGGGGAGCUGGAGAGGGCCCUGGAGCUGACCAAGAGGCUGCUCAAACUGGAUCCUGCUCACCAGCGCGCCAAUGGCAAUGUGAAGUACUUCGAGCACCAGCUGCAGAAGCAGAGGAAGACUGAGGAAAGCGAGGAGAGGGAGAAGAGGGACACGGAGACCAGCAGGGGGCGCUCUAAUGACUACCUCACAGAGAGGCAGAAGUAUGAGCAGCUGUGUCGCGGAGAGGGAGUGAAACUGACUCCCCGCAGACAGCGCCGUCUCUCCUGCCGUUACUUUGACAACAACCGCCACCCCCGCUACCUGCUGGGUCCCAUCAAGCUGGAGGAUGAGUGGGACCGCCCACACAUCGUCCGUUACCAUGACAUCAUAACUGACAGCGAGAUCGCGAAGAUCAAGGAGCUGGCGAAACCCAGGCUGCGCAGGGCCACCAUCUCCAACCCCAUCACAGGUGUGCUGGAGACCGCCCAAUACCGGAUCAGCAAGAGUCGCGCCACUGUGCAUGACCCCCAGACUGGGAAACUCACCACCGCCCAAUACAGAGUCUCCAAGAGCGCGUGGCUGACGGGCGAUGAGCACCCGGUGGUGGCUCGGAUUAACCAGCGCAUAGAGGACCUGACCGGGCUGGACAUGAACACCGCCGAGGAGCUGCAGGUGGCGAAUUAUGGUGUGGGAGGGCAGUAUGAGCCUCACUUUGAUUUUGGACGGAAGGAUGAACCAGAUGCCUUUAAAGAGCUGGGCACAGGGAAUCGCAUUGCAACCUGGCUCUUCUAUAUGAGUGAUGUCGCAGCAGGCGGAGCCACAGUAUUCCCAGAUGUGGGCGCUGCAGUGUGGCCCAAAAAGGGUACAGCAGUGUUCUGGUAUAACCUGUUUCCCAGUGGGGAAGGAGACUACAGCACACGGCACGCGGCCUGUCCUGUCCUGGUGGGAAAUAAAUGGGUAUCCAAUAAAUGGAUCCAUGAGCGCGGGCAGGAGUUUAGACGACCAUGUGGCCUCCAGGAGGUGGAUCGAUGAGGGUCUGUGACCCCCCCCUUUCCCUGAAGACCCCAGGACCCUGGAUCCUCAGACCCUGCACCAUCAGCCUAUGAACUGUGUCUCCCUCCACCCCACCCCUGAGACCAGGAUCAGCUGUCGUUUCCCACAAUCCUUCAGACCUUAAAUAGCAGGUCUUUGGAGCGUGACACUUGCGUGUCCGUGUGUCUGUCCCCGUGCAUUGUACAUCACUCUUGUGCCCAUGUGAAACUUCAGCCAGAUCACCACAGCAGAGACGCUGACUGGAGGUGAAUGUGGGCUGGUCUCUAUACCACUCAACAACACAACUGUUACGCUGCCCCUCUCUGCCCCCUCAUACAACACACUCAAACUGUCCCCCCAUACAGCUGCCCAUCUCAUUUUGCUAUCUGUCCACUGUCCUUCCGUCUGUCUGAAUUCUCUCUCUGUCCCCUCUGACCCUCUCUCUCU